CACGCUCUCUCUCACAUCCAUAAAAUACAACUGUAAUGCUUUCUCUCUCUUCCUCCAUUAACACACGUUUUCUUUCUCUCUCUAGAAAUGGGAACCGCGAUUCUCCGUUCACACGAUUGCCUUCAACGUCGCUUUCUUCCCAACGACGCCUUGUCAGUCCCUUCCUCACCGAUUCCAUCUCGCAAAAACUGUAGCCCCAACCCUAACUGCAAAUCCUAUGUCAACCAGAAUCGUCGCCGGAAACGGAGUCCGGUGUCCUCCCCGCCGGUUAAGCAAAACGAUCGGAGAAAUUCCGGAGAUCGGACUGUUGCUCCGGUGAAUCUUGUUAUGGGACAAGUUAAGAUUCUGAAAAGAGGUGAGAAGUUGAGUCCGGAGAUUAGCGAAGAUGGGGGACUCGUUUUGAAGGCUAUGGAUCUGGAUCUGGAUUUAGAUCUGGAUUUGGACAAAACUGAUUUGGUGUUGGGAUCAACGGAUCGGUUUGGACCUGAUCCAGUAGCGAUGCAGGAACAGAUUAAGAUUUCGGAGUCGAAUUUGAAAGACGGAAUUUAUGCUGGAUCGGCGUUUUUUUCUUCUCCUCCGCCGAGUUCUGUUCCGGUUCCGUUUUUUUUGCGGAAGAACGGUGUGGCUACCAGUGAUUUGAGGCGGUUGUUACGGCUUGAUUUGGAAUGAUUAGUUGAUUUUCGUUUGUUUACUUUCUUCUUUCCGAGUAGAUGAUUUGUCAUGGAUGGUUGUUUGUUCGCAGGGUCCUUAGCGUGCUUCCUUUAUUUUUUCAAGAGGAUUGCACGCAGGGUGCGAACGCAUGAAGAAGGUUUGAAAGCGUAGCAAAGGUGUUAGUAAUGAAGGUUUAAUUGAAGGGUUAAUUGUUCAGUGUUUAGUUCCUGAUAGGGAACUUAGUUACAGUUAGGUUUUGGGGUUAGUUCAUAUGUUGAUGACAAAAGGGAUGAAUCUAUUGUAAUUUCUUUUAGUCUGAUAUAAGUGAAUAUAGAGUAUAGUUUCAAUUUAGGGUUUGUGAAGUCAAGGUGUUUGAUUUUCAUAUUGAAGAAUAAAGUUAGUUGUUUUAGUUCUAGGUUUAAGUUUUGGGUCUUUUGUUAUAUUCUGGUUUAUUUUCAUGCUGGUGUACCAGUAUUUGUGAAAUUCAAUGGUAAUAGAAGAAAGCUUUUAGUAUUACUUUUCA